CAUAAAGCAAAGAAAAACCAAAGCCAACAACGGCCAUUUUUAAGUUACAUUCACUUCACAGUACUGUUUUUAUUUUUUGUAGUGUUGAUGAAUUGUGAUUUGUGUUGCUAUAAUUUCAUUAAUAAGUAACAAAUUAAACUUCCUUAUUAUAUAGAUGUCAGGUGGUAGACUUAUAGUGCUGGAUCGCGCUGGUCGCGAUGCCAAGCAGUAUGCCCUUACAGAGGGUUUGGCCACGCUUGGCUCUGAUCUGGCUUGUGACAUCCGCCUAAUGCUACCAGCAGUCAGUCCCCACCAUGCUACUGUUAUGGUACAAGCAAAUCAGACUGUAGUACAGAGUGUAUCUGAAGGUGUCACUUUGCUGAAUGAUGUGCCAGUAAGUGUAGCUGUACUAAGGCAUGGUGAUAUCAUUUCUAUGGGUGGACGGGCUCUACGUUGGGAGUAUUCACAACCACAGCACAGACCCCACUCUAAACCACAACCACCUUUAGUAGCAAUAAACAAGACUCGAAACAGAGGUAAGGGUCACAGAAGUCGCUCCAGUGAUCCAGUACUCCAUGAUACACCUGCUCAUAAUCAGAGAGCUUCACUACCUGCUUCAAGUAUGAAGCAAGUGGCUAUAGUUCAACCGCAGAGAAGAAAUGUAAUGCAGGGAGAACCAAGUUGCGCUACCGAAUUGACUGAUUCUAGUCAAAUUGAAAACACGGAAAAUGAAAACACUCAAGAAACAAUUACGAGGAAAUCGGCACGGCCAAGCCAAAAAAGUCUCCAAACAAUUACUAAGGCUUCAGAAUGGAUUGAGUCGCGUAAAAGCUCGCGAGCGCCUAUCACACCGACACGAACACGGAACAACCUCACACCGUCAGAUUUACAAUCUCGAACUAAAUCUGCCACCCGACCAAUGACACAGAGAGACACACAAUUGCGUUCAAAAUCCCUGGCGUGCAUACCGUUAGAAACUAAAGGAGAAAAAACAAAGGUGACAUUAACACCGAGACAAACACAGUCACGAUCCAAAAUCCUAGAUGGGACACAAAUAGAAAUAAAAAUUACUCGGGCGACUCUCACACCGAAAGAAACACGUGAAGUCCUUUCAAAGUCAGCGGUUACACCAAUCGACACAAAUGCAGAACCCAAAUCUGGAACACGGAAGUCCCUUACGCCAAGAGAUGCCUUAUUAGAACCCGUAGAAGUUGGAUCGAAACAAACAAAAACUUCAAUACGGACUACACCGAGACAAACGCAAUCAAGUUCAAAAGUUGAUGUUACCCCAUUGCAAUCAAGAACACCAGCGAAAUCAACAGUACGGGCAUAUACGCCUAGGGAAACACGCAAAUCGCGCAUCAGUACUUUGGGAUCCGCGACCAACUCGGUUAAAUCACGAAAUGCGCUAAUACUCAAAGCAGCAAGGGAUUCGCGAAAAUCAUCACUUAUACCAACACUAUCAAAAUCAAGAACGCAAGCAAUUACACCGACAGAAAACCGUGAACCGGGUUCAAAUAUACAUACAGACAGACGAACACCGUUGAAUCAGUCGAAAUCUUUGUUGGCACGUUCUGCACAGAGUACCUCAACUUCUGUACUGAGUCGGUCUCGGCUGACAAGUACGCCGACAUCGUCCAAUAGACAGGCGCAGUUCCCAGAGAAGCGCGUACUACCGCCGCGAGCGAGAACGUUGACACCGCGGGCUCAAGAGUUCGCAACAAACAAGUCGCUUACGUUGCGGACGUCGCGCGAUACAUCGCUUCGUUUGACGGUGUUACGAAAGAGUCACAGGCCCGUUAAAAUACAGGCACCCACGUUGAUUGACCACACUAAGCAAGCUGCUUUAUUACUGAUGACACGUCAUACAAAGUCAAAGUCUCCAAACGCGGUGUCUACUGUUGUGGUCAAACCAUCUCCAAUGUCAAAAUCACUGAAAAGAAACUCUCGAGGACUAAGAGAAAGCUUGGCGAGGAAACGAAAAAGUUCGGUGCUAAACACUAGCGACGAACUUUCAACACGAAGAAGUUUAUCUUGUCCAUCUGCAAGAAAAAGUUCUAUGAAAUCUACUCUUAAGGAUCCAAUGAGUGGACGGAAAACGGAAUCAAUUAAAUUCGAUCUGAGCAAUCUAGAACAUGGUACUAAGUCCGAUCGAUUAAUAUCAUCAGUGGUCACCGUGGAUACGACAAAUCAGACUUUUGAUAGUAUAUCAAGCAACGGCUCACCAUCUUUAAGAAGGUCCAUACAUUCGAGAAGCAGUCGUAUCAUCGAAAAGACUUUGGGUAGUCCUAUGACCGUAACUGAAACUACCGAAACUUCAAUCGCUACCUCUCCUAAGUCAAGGUCUUCGCGCGGUUCUCUUAUUGUCCAGAAAGCUCUUGAGGAAACUCUUAAAACACAAAAUGACACAUCAGCCCAAACAAAUCUAACAAAAACACUAAGUCCACGUGCCGAAACUUAUUCAAUAGUGGAUUUGGUCUCUCGCGAUUCUAAUGCUACGGAAUAUAAUACGAUUGAUUCCACGCCUUUUGGAACUCCUCGAAGUCACAGAGAAACCAGAUCUUUCGCUGUAGCGUUACCUUCCAGCACACCGUAUAAAGUGCCGAUAAAUAGAAGUUUGCAAUAUGAGAAUGGGAAUGACACACCGCCACACACAGAAUCACCUGAAGUUAUUACACCCCAAAAUGAUGAAAAUAAUAAACCUGUUGCGAGUACUAAAGUUUCUAAGAGGUCCCGUAGCAAAUCUAGAUUAAACGAUAGUGAUCUGUUCCUAUUGGAAGACGAAGAUUCACCGAGAACGUCGAAAAGAGCUGAUAAAUCGGCUACCAAUUCUUUAGACGUUUCGCAUUUGAAGAGAAAAUUAUCCCAAAGUCUUACCGAGUCCGAUGAAGAGUCAGAUAAAAGUGACAAAAAUGUAUUUGCCAAGGUUCCUAAAAAUAGUUUAAGUAAUGUCAGAAUUAAAGAACUAUUCGCUAAAUCUCCUCAAAAUGACCUGCGCCGUGUUUCGGGAGUAAAGACCUUAUUUAAAUCGUUGAGGAAGCAAAAUACACCGAAAAAUACUCUUGAAGAUGUGAAAGGUGUUAAAAGAUUAUUUAAAGAAAAAGAAAAAACACCUAAGAAUACGCUAGAAGACGUAAGUGGAGUUAAAGGGUUAUUUAGGCGGAGUCCUCGAAACGAUUUGAGAGUAUCUGGAGUAAAGGACGCUUUACGUAUAAAAUCGCCCAAAAAUGAUUUAACUGAUGUACGCGGGGUGAGGCGUUUAUACCGACUGGAAAAAGAACGAUAUAGCAGCAACGUAAGCGGAAUCGAAGAAAUGUUCAAAGAAACUUCAGAUAUGGACACAACAUUUGAUCUACUGAUGAACAAGCCUCCAUUACGGACCUAUAAAGCAGCGAGUGCGCAGAAAAUGAAACAAAAAUCAAAAACACGCCUAGAAAAAUCUUUGUACGAUUCGACCUCAAUACACGUGGAUCGCUGGAACAAGAAUAAUGAAAUUAAAGUGUACAACGAAAAAAGUUUGCCUCUAAAGAAAAGAUCAAUUAAGACUUUAAAAUCGACUCCAGUUAAAGGCAAUGUGACGCUAAACUCAACAGAGUUAUGCCAAAUCUCUCCUAUCACAAAGCAAGCGUCUGUUGAUACAGCCGGUACGUCACAUUUGGAUGACAACACCAUUGACAUCAGCGUUAAUAAUAGUUCCGUAUCACUCGGAAAGACGACACGAUCCACAAGACAAAAUCGCAGCGCGUUGAAAAAUAGCACUUCUACUAUUAAACAAACUAUCGUCGAAGAAAAUCCAUCCAUGUCACUAGUGAUUCACAAAAAAUCUCCAAUAGUCAAAUCGAUCAGAAAAACGCGUCAACGACGGAUGCAACAGCAAUCAGAUAGUGACCAAAACAAAGAAAUUGCGGAAUCGAAGGACCAAAAGUUGAGAGAAACAAAAACUAAACGACGAACUGUCAAAACGUCUGAACCAGAGACGGAAACAAUCUCAGUACGGAGAACGACACGUUCUAAAGCAACGUCGCCACGGAAAUCCAGUGGUAGACGCGUGUCGAUUGUAAUAAAAAAACCGACGGCGAGAGUGACGCGUAGAGGCAAAAUCCCGGUAGAAGAACAAAAUGAUAAAGCGAAAAAAACAAAAGCGGGCCCUAAUAAAAAUGAAGAACACGCUGUUGAAGGCGAAGCGCGUGUUUUAACGAAUCCAACACCGAAAAUUCGGAAAAGGGUCGUCAUUGUAAUUCCGACCAGAACCCCCCUCGCUUCAGCUAGGAAAACUCGAAGUAGAGUGGCCGCCCAAGCUAAGAAUAAGGCUACUAAAGGAAUUAUCGCAACCCCUUCGACAACUCGCAAGGGUAAGGGUAAGAAAGUCGAACCUGCUGAAAAUCAAGUUACAGAAAAACCAAAAAGAAAACAAGCUGAAAAGAAGAAUCCAGAAGUCGUGGUUGAAGUAAAGACUCGAGCUAAAGCCACUAAGAAACUUGUUGCUACCGAAGUUGAGAAGAAAACCCAAAAAGGAAAGAAGGAGGUUCCAAAAGCGAAAGAAAUUGUGACGCCGCCGACAGGCCGGAAGAAGAAAUCGCCCGACACCACGCCUGUCGAAAAUGAAGAUAUUGAAAAGCCAAAAAGGGGAAGAAAAAAAGCGGUUAAAACAUCUGUCACAGAAGUUAAGAAGCAAACUGAAGUAAAGACACGAGCAAAAGCUAAUGUUCAGGCUGGUUCCAGUAAAGGGGAUAACAAAACGGCUCAACCCAAAGGAAAAAAGGUCGCGUCGGCUAAGGAACCAAUUGCGCCCGCUACAAGUCGUAAGAGGAAAUCUCCCGAUGUCACGCCUGCUACGAAAGAAACAUCUGUAGCCGCUAAAAGGCGAAAGGCAGCCGAACUGACUGUGCCGGCUCGCACAACACGCUCUAAAGCUGGGUCUCAACCAAAAAUCCGCGGCCAAAAAAGAUAGACAACGAGGCUGUUUAUAGUUAAGUUCAGUACAAAUUACAUUUAAGUCAAAAUUUAUCAAUUUGUGUUCGUUGUAAAUUUUAUGAAUAUUAGGAGUGUAAAGAGUUUUUAGAAUGUUUAAUUAUUUGGUAGUCAUUUAUAGGAGUGUAUUGAACUGAAAGAUUUGACGGUUUUACAUUAUUUUAAUGUUAUGUUAAAGUCCUCUCAUAGAGGCUCGUUUUAAAGUUAAAAUUGUGUAACGUGAUUAAAUAGUGUUAUUGUAUUUAAUAAUAAUCAAUCGGAAAUAAAUGACUUUAAUUAUGUAUUGUGUUAGGAUACGCCCAAAUACAUAAUCAAGUUGAAAAAUUUCGAAGAGUAAUUUAAAAAAAAAUUGUAGUUAUAUUCAUUAACCUUUAAAUAAUUGGGCAUAAGUUUGCGUACACUAGCGUUAUCUUUACUAAUUAUCUACUUGUAGUUUAUUUCUUUAAUUAUAAUAAUUUUAUUUUUUAUUUACUAUUACUUUAUGAUUAAGCAUUUUAUCUAAAUUUUUAACGAUUUAAGCUCAUCUGCUGACUGUACUUUAAUUAAAACAUUGCCAAUUGUAGGGUUAAAUAGUAUUUUUGUAUCGUUUUAAGUAAUUAAAGAUAUUUAAAGUG